AUGAGUAACCUCAACCUCCCCGACCUCGCCCCAGCCGAACUCGUCAGCCGAACCUCCCAUGUGGUGCCCGGCCAACUUCACAUAACAGAACUCUUCUUCCGUGUCCCCCUAGACCACCACAACCCCUCCUCCAGACCCCGUAUCACCCUCUUCGGCCGACUCGUCCGCAAAAAUGAGCGCCCCGUCGACCCUUCCAAACCCUCUCCCACAAACCUCCCCUACCUCGUCUACCUCGAAGGCGGCCCCGGCUUCGGCAACCGCCAGCCGCAGCACCAUCCCUUAACGUCCGCAGCCCUCGCCCGCGGCUACCAGGUCCUAUACCUCGACUACCGCGGCACGGGGCUCUCGACGCCGGUAGAUGUGUAUACAAUCGCUCCAGAAAGGCUUCCGGCUGAGAUUGCGCCUGGAGAAGAAGACGCUGUUCGCGUGGCGACGUACUUGUCUCUGUUCAGAGCCGAUUCCAUAGUGCACGAUCUCGAGGCUGUGCGGCUCUAUUUGACACAAUAUGCCGAGAAUAAGAAGUGGUCGCUCCUAGGCCAAUCCUUCGGCGGGUUUGUGGCGACAACCUACCUAUCCUACUAUCCUUCUUCCCUAGCAGAGGUGUUCAUAACCGGCGGUCUGCCCCCCAUCAAACGGACCGCCCAUGAAGUCUACACGCGCACGUUUGCCACGCUGCGCAAGCGCAAUGAGGCGUACUACAAGAAAUUCCCCGAGGACGUGAAGCGAGUCAGACGUAUCGCGUCGUUUAUACAUAACUCUGACCCGACGACACACUCAAUUCCUCUACCGGCGGGCGGUAGGCUAACUGUACCGGGCUUUUUGGCGUUAGGAAUCGCGUUUGGCACGCAUGGCGGGCUGGAUGAGGUGCAUAAUACCGUGUUGCGGAUGGAUACGGACUUAGAGAUAUUUGGUUUUUUGACGCGGGGGACGUUGGCGGCUGUGGAGGCGGGGAUUGCGUGGGAGGGACAUCCUAUUUACGCACUUUUACACGAGUGUAUCUACUUUGCUAACCCCCCAACAAGGAGAGCUGAAGUGGGGGAGGAAGAGGUGCCUGAGCCGGGAUGGGCAGCCUACCAAGUCGGCGCUCUAGACCCCCAUUUCUCGUGGCUUCGCGGCGACGAGGCCAUUUCCUCCCUCUUAUCAUCCCCUGAAACGCCCCUCUAUUUCUCCGGGGAGAUGAUCUUCCCCAUCCACAUCUCCUCCUCUCCUUCUCUGUCCCCCUUCUUGGGGGCCGCCAACCUCCUUUCCAACCCGCGCUCCCCUAUCUUCUCAUCUGCCUUCCCCCUCUAUGACCCCGGCCAACUCUCUAACAACCGCGUCCCGGUCUACGCCCUGUCUUAUAUAGAAGACAUGUACGUCGACAUCUCCUUCGCGCGGGAGACGGCCUCGAUGAUCAAGGGGAUCAAGGUGUUGGAGACGAACGGGUUCUAUCAUGAUGCGGUGCGGUCUAGGGCCGAGGAGGUGUUGGGGCUGUUGUGGAGGUUGAGGGAUGAUGAGGUUGAUUAG